UCAAGUAAUAGCGCAGUCACGUCGAAUGGUUCAGUGCCAUAGUCUUCCCGCCCUUUCAAUUUGAGGGGUUUUCAGUUUUUCAGAUGAGCUAAACCACAAUGGCGGUUCCUCUCUUCAACCUUGCUCCUGGCCUCAAGGUUUCAAGGCUCUGCUUAGGAACCAUGACGUUUGGAGAGCAGAACUCGUUGCAACAGUCUUUUCGCCUCCUCGAUGAAGCGUUUGAUGCAGGAAUCAACUUUAUUGAUUCUGCAGAAAUGUAUCCGGUGCCUCAGCGUGCUGAGACUCAAGGCAGGAGCGAAGAAUACGUGGGCCUCUGGAUUAAAGAGAGGAAAAUUCCUCGGGAUCGUGUCGUCUUGGCUACCAAGGUUACUGGACCAUCUGGACAGAUGACCUGGAUCCGAGGUGGGCCCCGAUGUUUGGAUGCUACCAACAUAAUGGAGGCCAUUGGGAAUAGUUUGUUGCGGAUGCAGACAGAUUAUAUUGAUCUAUAUCAGAUCCAUUGGCCUGAUCGCUAUGUUCCCAUGUUUGGAGAAACUGAUUAUGAUCCGACCAGGCAGUUCUCUUCAGUACCUAUAGAGGAACAACUUGAUACUCUAGGAAAAGCUGUUGAUGCUGGUAAAAUCAGAUAUAUUGGGCUCAGUAAUGAAACACCAUAUGGUGUCAUGAAGUUCCUUCAGUUUGCAAAAGACAUUCCCAGCUAUCCUAAGAUAGUGUCUUUGCAGAAUUCAUACAGCCUACUUUGCCGAAGUUUUGAUUCUGGAAUGGCCGAAUGCUGUCAUCAUGAGGGAGUCAGCUUAUUGGCUUAUAGCCCUUUGGCAAUGGGCAUUCUUUCCGGCAAGUAUUUCUCUUUGGGUGGGGGCCAAGUAGAUGCUCGAAUGAAUCUUUUCAGAGGGGAGUACGCAGAAGGAGAAUCCAGAUAUAAUUUGUCCAAUUCCCUUAUAAAAGCUGCUACCGAGGCUUACCUAGAUAUUGCAGAAAAAUAUGCACUUUCUCCUGUCUCUCUUGCAAUAGCCUUUGUUUUGAAACACCCUCUUGUUGGCAGUGCUGUUUUUGGAGCAACAAAGGAGUGGCAGCUGAGAGAGGUCCUCAGAGCAUUUGAUGUCAAGCUCACACCAGAAAUAACUGUAGAGAUUGAGGAGGUUCAUCGAAGGUAUCCAAAUCCCUGCCCCUGACCAGAAGUUAUAUUGUGCUAGCUCGUCCUGCACUUUUGAAUUUUUAGAAUGGGUUCUAUUAUUGUUUCAAAUGGUUCUAUUGUUGUUUCAAAUGUUUACUUAUGACAUAUUUAAUGAAAAGGGCGUGGGUGUGGAGGAAGUCUACUUCUGUUUCAAUUAUUUGAUAAGAGGUCAAUGUUGGUACAAGACAGAAAAGAGAAUAUUCAUGCCAUUGUAAAACAAAACAUUAACAGUUCCGUGGGGGGUUGGUCAAAUGUAAUGGUGGAAGGAAAAACUUUCUUCCAUUGAAUUUCUUAUUCUGGUUUCUUAAUCAAAAUAUUUAUAAUUGAACUA